UUCAAAUUUCGGCUGCUCUUUUAAUUCUUCCAAUUGUCGCAGCCCAACAAAAAAUGUUCAAAGACUUUGCCAAUGUGCCUUCUGCCGCCUUCAUAAUUCCAUUUAUUUUAAUAAUUUCAACAGUCCACACAGCUCCCACUACUAAAGAGGAUCAAUUAAUUAAAUCUGGCUCGGAAAAGGCAAAAAACGGAUUGGAAAAUCUCGGCAAAGGAAUUGAGAACAUUGCAGAUGGGGCGAGAGACACGGCGAUUGGAGCAGCAGAAAAAUUUGGCCAGAAAGCAGCAGACGUGAGAGAAAGCGCCAAACACAGGGCAAAAGAAGCAGGAGAUUCAUUCACUGAAAAAGCUGCCGCUGUUCGCGAUUCGAUUGCUGGUGCUGCUUCAAAUGCUGGACAAGCUGUUGCUAAUGCAGCUGUUGGUGCUAAAGACAAAGUCGUGGCUGGUGCAAAGGUGGUCGGUGAAACAGCUGUAAAUGCUGGGAAAGUAGCUGGGGAAACUGUUGCAACCGCAGCAACAAACGUUAAAGAUGCUACUGUUAAUCUAGCAAAUGCCGCAGGUCAAAAAGUGAAGGGAACAGCUGAAGUUGUAAGUGAAGAUAUUUCUGAAGCAGCAAAAGAAACGGGGAAUGUUGUUGGAAAAGGCUUAGAAAAUGCUGGACAUGCAUUACAAUCAGAAGAUCAUCCAGCAGAACAAGCAAAGGAAGUGAAACAAUGA